CCUCCUGGGUUUGCUCGACACCGCAGUGGAAGUGAACGUCACGUCCAAGGUCCGGCUGGCUGUGGACGACACGGGGUCCCCCAAACUGGUGACAGAGAGAUGCGAUACCCUCCUCGGCGGCAUUAAAGUCAGACUCCUGAGAGGCCUGCUCCCAAUUGUGGAUAAUUUAUUGGCAAGUGUCUUGAACAGACUUCUUCCUAAUGUGCUCUGCCCGGUGGUCGACGUCGCCCUGGGACUGGUCAACGACAAGCUGGGUCUUGUGACCUCACUGGUGCCCCUGGGUGUGCUGGGCAGCAUCCAGUACACCGUGUCCAGCCUUCCCCUGGUAACCAGCCAGUUCCUCGAGGUUGACCUGAACGCCGUGGUCGGGCGAGUGGCCGGAGGCCUGGUGGACUAUCCUUUGGGAAAGCCAGAAGCCGUCCCUGCACCACCACGGGUCCCCAUGCCACCCCUGCCACCCAUGGCAGACACCAGCUCGUCCCAGCUGGGCAUCUCCGUGAGCUUCCUCAGCUCCAUGCUGCGGCUCCUGCAGGAGGAGGGCGCCCUGGACCUGGACAUCUCCAGCGGGAUGGUCUCCUGGGCGUAUCCUGAGUCACGGGAAUUGCUGCUGAAAAUGGCCGUACCCGAGGCACCGCGGGUGACCCUAAAGAAAAACAAAGGCAGCCUCCAGCUCACGGCUACGGCAGAGGUGAUGGUGAUCCACCCAGGUCAUGCCCACAAGUUUCUCUGCCUUCUCCACAUCGUACGUGCGCUGGGGGCAGGGUUUCCCCUCCCCAGGAUGCUGAGCAUCGACUUCACCAACGCGGAUGUUGACGUCGUCGAG